AUGUACAGAUUUCGAUAACUUUGGAAAUUCAGUACACUCCAAUUCCACAAAGGAGUUAGUGAACACUAGAAUGUUUCCUAGAAUGUAGUCUUAAGAGGAGUCACUCUCAAAGGCAGAUAUAAUGAUUUACCAAAUAUGCUCUUCUUCCCUGAAGCCUGUGAUCCUGUUGAAAAUUGGAUCCCAUUCUUCAGUGACCCAGCCAAUAAGAUUCUUGAUUAUAGAAAUGUGCAUAUUUUGAGUCCAAGAAAUUUUGGUACAUCAGAUAAACAUUACUCAUUCGAUGUUGAAGAUCUGGCCAAUGAUGUUGUUAGAUACAUGUAUUAUAACAAAAUCACCAUGGCAACUUUGGCUGGACAUGGAUUUGGUGCAAAGGUUGCUUUAGCUGCUGGAUCUUAUCAUCCUGAAAGAACAACAGGUGUUUUUUGUAUUGACUACUCACCUAUGGAUUAAAGAUAUCAUGAGGCAUUUACAGAAUUCAGAGGCUUCAUUAAGAAAUUGUCAGAAAUUAAUACUAAAGAAAUGACCAAAUCAUAAAUUGAGGCAUUUCUCAAAGAAAACAUAGAGUGUGUUAAAUGGAGAUCUAUUUUUAGUGAUAAUCUUGUUAAAUUACCUUCAGGAUAAUGGGAUUGGAAAUUUGCUCUCAAAUUCUUAAAUGACAAUAUUUAAUUUAAUAAGGCUGACUCUCUUGCCUUCUGGCCAGUCAAAGCUGGUCUGUAUACAGGCAGAGCUCAUUUUGCAUUCCCUGAAUUUUCAAGAUGGGUGCACUUAGGAACCAAUACUCUACCAAUGUUAAAGGUAUGUCCAUAAGUGAGAGGCUUUGGACAUGAUGUUCAUUCAGUUUAAGGAGAUAAUAAUACCUUAAACCAUUGGAUUUAUGAAUUCAAAGAUUAAUCUUUUGUUUUUGCAAGUCGAUUCACUAAAUUCUUAUCUAUGUAUGAUGGUGUUCACCUUUUACUCAAAGACAGAACUGAAGUCGGAAAGGAAUUCGUUCCUUCUAUCAUUUAUUCUAAGAAGGAUCCCAAUCAUGUUUAUUCGGACUAUUCUCCUGCUCAUUAUUAUCAUAAUUGGAGAUUUAACAAUGUCUACAAAAAUUUAGAUACCCAAAAUAAAUGAUAUAAUACCAUACAAUAAUAAAUAGAACCUAUAUAAAUUAUAUCAUUAA